GACUACAUUUCCCAGAGCCACCGCGUCCCCAGUGAGGCUUCAUUUCCGUUUGUUCGCGCGAUUUGGGGACCUCGCGUGGGGAGGGCAGCGUCUGUGGAGGAGCUUGGCUCGGCUCCGGCUGGGCGGGCGAACCCCAAAUUGGGCUUGGACCCCGGGCGCCAGAUCCUGGAUCCUGAACCGCACCUUCUGUCGAGAGCCCAGAGAAGGAAAAAAUGGCUGUCGUACAUUCAAAAGCAAAGUCCAAGCUCUGCCUUUUUCAGACUCUGUGCUUCUCUAAGCUAGGAAUCCAGAGGAGGAUUGAUCAUUUCUUGCAGCGCUAAAAACCAUGGCUCAGAGAUCAGUGAUGUUCAGGGAUGUUGCCAUUGACUUCUCUCAGGAAGAGUGGGAAUACCUGGACUCUGCUCAAAGGGAUUUGUAUAGAGAUGUGAUGUUGGAGAACUAUAGUAACUUGGUGUCACUAGUAGACUUGCCUUCAAGGAGUGCAAAUAAAGACUUAUCUCCAAAAAAUGAUACUUAUGAAACAGAACUAUCCCAAUGGGAAAUGAGUGCCAGGCUUGAAAACUGUGAUCUUGAGGAGUCCAGUUCCAGAGAUUAUUUGGAAGUCAGAGGCACAUUGGAAAAGCAACAAGAAAAUCAGGAGGAAUAUUUCAGGUUCUGCUGCACUUUCUGUGUGCAUUCUGCCUGGACCUACCUGCGUGGCCCCUGGAGGCAUGCUGUGUACUUCCUCCUGGACCUGAUGAAGAAAGUCAACCAUUCUCUUCACCUUUCUGCCUGCAUAGAAACACGGCUCCUUGCUGAGAGGACUGACUACUUCCCUUUGAAGCCCUGUCCUGUGAUUCUUCAGGUAUUCAUUUAUUCAUCAACACACCAUUUAUUGACUGCUAUCUGUGUGACAGGAACAGUUCUAGAUGCUUCAGGUAUAGCGCUGAACAAAAGAGAAACACUCUGCUGUCAUGGUACUUAUAUUGUCGUGGUCCAGAUAAUAAAUGAGCUUUGCCUUUUCAAGCCCUAUUACCAGAAAGAGGAAAUGACUGAAUCCCAGGGAACAGUGACAUUCAAGGAUGUGGCUAUUGACUUCACCCAGGAGGAGUGGCAGCGGUUGGAUCCUGCUCAGAGGAACCUGUACCGGAAUGUGAUGCUAGAAAACUAUAACAACUUAAUCACAGUGGGCUGUCCAUUCACCAAACCUGAUGUGAUUUUCAAGUUGGAGCAAGAAGAGGAACCUUGGGUGGUGGAGGAAGAAGCGUUAAGGAGACACUAUCCAGGAGAAAUGUGGGGGAUUGAGCAUCAGAAAAUCCAGGACAGACUUUUGACACAAUUUGAAGAUAAAUACACAAAAACACUGACUGAAGAAAAAGUCAAUGAAUGUCAUAAGAAAUUUGCAAAUGCAUUUCCUCUUAACUUGGACUUUUUUCCUUCCAGUCACAAUCUCUAUGAAUAUGACUUGUUUGGAAAUUGUUUAGAACAUAAUAAUUUUGACUGUCAUCAUAAUAAUAGAAUCCUUAUAAGAAAGGAACAUUCUGAAUUUAGUGAACCUAUGAAAUCAUUUUGCAUUAAUCCAUCCCAUCUUGCAGUAACUCCCUUUAAGUGUAAUCAUUGUGGGAAAGGAUUCAGUCAAACUUUGGACCUCAUCAGACACCUGAGAAUUCAUACUGGAGAGAAACCUUAUGAAUGUAAAAAGUGUAGAAAAGCUUUCAGCCACAAGGAAAAACUCAUUAAACAUCAUAAAAUUCAUAGUAGGGAGCAGUCUUAUGAUUGUAAUGAAUGUGGGAAAGCUUUCAUUAAAAUGUCAAAUCUCAUUAGACAUCAAAGAAUUCAUACUGGGGAGAAACCCUAUGCAUGUAAGGAAUGUGGGAAAUCGUUCAGCCAGAAAUCAAAUCUCAUUGAUCAUGAAAAAAUUCAUACUGGAGAGAAACCAUAUGAAUGUAAUGAGUGUGGGAAAGCCUUCAGCCAGAAGCAAAGCCUCACUGCACAUCAGAAAGUUCAUACUGGGGAGAAACCUUAUGCAUGUAAUGAAUGUGGUAAAGCCUUCCCUCGAAUUGCAUCCCUUGCUCUUCAUAUGAGAAGUCAUACAGGAGAAAAACCUUACAAAUGUGAUAAAUGUGGAAAAGCCUUCUCUCAGUUUUCUAUGCUUAUUAUACAUGUAAGAAUUCAUACAGGUGAGAAACCCUAUGAAUGUAAUGAAUGUGGAAAAUCCUUCUCUCAAAGUUCAGCCCUUACUGUACAUAUGAGAAGUCAUACUGGUGAAAAACCUUAUGAAUGUAAGGAAUGUAGAAAAGCCUUCAGCCACAAGAAAAACUUCAUUACACACCAGAAGAUUCAUACUAGAGAGAAACCUUAUGAAUGUAAUGAAUGUGGGAAAGCUUUCAUUCAGAUGUCAAAUCUUGUUAGACACCAGAGAAUUCACACUGGAGAAAAACCCUACAUAUGUAAGGAAUGUGGCAAAGCCUUUAGCCAGAAAUCAAAUCUCAUUGCCCAUGAAAAAAUUCAUUCUGGAGAGAAACCCUAUGAAUGUAAUGAAUGUGGUAAAGCCUUCAGUCAAAAACAAAACUUUAUUACACAUCAGAAAGUUCACACUGGAGAGAAGCCUUAUGACUGUAAUGAAUGUGGUAAAGCCUUUUCUCAAAUUGCAUCUCUUACUCUUCAUCUGAGAAGUCACACAGGAGAAAAGCCUUAUGAAUGUGAUAAAUGUGGGAAAGCCUUCUCUCAGUGUUCACUGCUCAAUUUACAUAUGAGAAGUCAUACUGGUGAGAAGCCCUAUGUAUGUAAUGAAUGUGGAAAAGCUUUCUCUCAAAGAACUUCUCUUAUUGUGCACAUGAGAGGUCAUACAGGUGAGAAACCCUAUGAAUGUAAUAAAUGUGGAAAAGCCUUCUCCCAAAGCUCAUCCCUUACUAUACAUAUACGAGGUCACACAGGUGAGAAACCCUUUGACUGUAGUAAAUGUGGAAAAGCCUUCUCUCAAAUCUCAUCUCUUACACUUCAUAUGAGAAAACAUACCGGUGAGAAGCCUUAUCAUUGUAAUGAGUGUGGUAAGGCUUUUAGCCAAAAGUCACACCUUGUUAGACACCAGAGAAUUCAUACUCAGUAGAAAUAGAAACACAAUGAAUAUUGUGAAGAUGGAAAAGCCUUCAGAAUUAGCACCUCCUUUCACAUUACAUAAUUGGUUUUGGAGCAGAAAACUGUGAAUGUGGAAAGACUUUUGAAGAAGUCACAGAAUUGUGAAACAUGAGAAUUCUUAUACAAUGUGACAAAUUGUGUAACAAAUAAGUUGAACAUCAAAAACCUUGGUAGACCUCUAUUGAUAUUUAUUCAGGUUUCUUACUAAAAUAUGAAACAAGAUGUCUGCUACCAGCAUAUCAGCAUUACAGUUGAGCUCCUAUUGUAGCCAGUACGUUAAGCAAGAAAAAGAAGAUUUGGGGUGAAGGAAGAAACUAUGAAAAUAUCCU